CUUCCUUCGACUUCGUAGUAGAGCUAUCAAGUUCGAUUGAAGUUGUGAAAAGUUGAUGUCAAGCUAAAAGGAGCUCGAGAAACUCCGCCCGUCAAGAAAUUAUGAGUGACCAACAGCAAGAUGAAAUGGCCGCGAUGGUGGAAAGCAACGGAGGCUUCAAUCAAAAGCGAAACACAAAUACACAAGACUCCCAGCAGCCCUCCCCCCUCGCCCUGCUGGCCGCCACCUGUAGCCGCAUCGACACGCCCAGCGAGAACGACUCCGGCUCGGACCAGAACCAGAACCAGCAUCUGGACCUCAGCCAGGUCCAGCUCACCUCCACCCCCAACGGCUGGCAUAUCAUCCCCGUCAGCAUGCAGUCCUCCACGGGUUCCGCUGGCGACUCCUCAGGGGGGCUGGCGGGGGACGGGGGGAAGAACAGGCCGGGGCAGGCCUCCACUGGGGCUAUAGGAGGUGGGCAGGGCCAGCAGUAUGUGGUGACUCAGGCGCCCAGCCUCCAGGGCCAACAGGUCCUUACCACCCUGUCCGGGGUCCUGCCUAACAUCCAGUACCAGGUCAUCCCCCAGUUCCAGACGGUUGAUGGGCAGCAGCUACAGUUCGCCCAGGCCCAGCAGGACUCCUCGGUGGGGGCCGGACAGUUCCAACUAGUCUCCUCGCCAAACGGAGGCCAGCAGCUCAUCGCCACCACGGGCCGCGCCGGCGCCGCGGGCAACAUCCUCGCCAUGCCCAGUCUCAUACAACAGGCUAUCCCACUGCAGAACCUGGGCCUGGGGAACAACGUGAUCCAGAACCAGACGCAGUUCCUGGCCAACAUGCCCGUGUCCCUGAACGGGAACAUCACCCUGCUGCCCGUCAGCGCGGGGGGGUCUGUGGGGGAGGGGGGGGACGGCUCGGCCCAGCAGCUCAUGCAGACGCAGGCCGGGUACUUCUCGGGCUCCACGACAACCACCACGCAAGCAGCCAGCUAUGGAGUCAUGGCAACGCAGAACGGGAGCUACCAGACAUCAGGGGUGCCCAUCCUGCCCGACAACAGAGACGGCCACCAACAACAACAACAACAGCAGCCCCAGCAGAUCCUGAUCCAGCCCCAGCAACUCAUCCAGGGGGGCACUUCUCUCCAGACUAUCCAGACAGGGGCUCUCUCAGCUGGGGGCCAGGUCUUUGCGACCCCCACCCUCACUCAGGACGGCCUCCAGAACCUCCAGAUCCAGACCAUCCCCAACACAGGCCCGAUCCUGCUGCGUACCGUGGGGCCGAACGGCCAGGUGAGCUGGCAGACCCUGCAGCUCCAGAGCCCGGCCGGGGCCCAGAUCACCCUGGCUCCGGUCCAGAGCCAGGGAGCCUUAGGGACCGUCCAGAUCCCGGGCCUGCAGACCAUAAACCUGAACGCGCUGGCCAACUCAGGGCUCCAGAUGCAUCAGCUCCAGGGGGUUCCCAUCACCAUCGCCAACCCCUCAGGUGAGCAGGGGCUGCAGACGGGUGGAGACAGCCUGGAUGACAGCACGGCAUUGGACGAGGGGGAGACGAGCCCCGUGCCCCAGAACAGACGCACUCGCAGGGAGGCCUGCACCUGCCCCUUCUGCAAGGACGGGGAGGCACGCAGUGACCCAAGUAAGAAGAAGCAGCACAUCUGCCACAUCCCCGGCUGCAACAAGAUCUACGGGAAGACGUCCCACCUGCGGGCCCACCUGCGCUGGCACACCGGGGAGAGGCCCUUCGUCUGCAGCUGGACCUUCUGUGCCAAACGCUUCACCCGCUCUGACGAGCUGCAGAGACACAAGAGGACACACACAGGAGAGAAAAAGUUUGUGUGCCCGGACUGUCCCAAGAGGUUCAUGCGCAGCGACCACCUGUCCAAGCACAUCAAGACUCACCUGAACAAGAAGGCCGCCGCCGCCUCUGGCCCCGCCCCUGCCGACAGCUCCGCCCCCGCCCCUCUGGCCGACGCCCCCACCGAGCCCCACACCCUGGUCACCAUGGAGACGCUGACGGCGGAGAGCAUAGCGCGGCUAGCAGGAAGUGGUAUCAAUGUGAUGCAGAUGGGAGACCUGCACCAGAUCAACAGCAACGGCUACUGAGGGAGAGGAGGGUCCAUGCUGCCACUAGCGACCCAGGGAGGGCUGGCUGGUUAGUUGGCUGGCUGGCUGGCUGGCUGGUUGACUGGCUGCCUGGCUAGCUAGCUGGUUGGCUGGUUGACUGGCUGCCUGG